CACCAACCAAAACACGGGAUUAACGCAGAUUGCACAUUUGAUUGGCUAUUGGAGAGGUUUACGGAACAUAUAUACUGUGGACGUCCAGGGGCGGGGCAUAACAAAAGUAAUGGCCAUUUAUUUAGGGUCUGGCAAGACAGUGGAUUUCACAGUUAUUCUAUAGAAUUCGCCGUUUGUAGAGCAUGACAAAAAGGAUUAGAGAUAUAUUAAUGGUUAAGAGAGUURUCAAGUCUUUAUCCGCCAUCUACAAACAAGGGCAUGCCAAAAUCUCAGUAUGAAGCGUAAGGCUAGCUUCACAUGCCCCUUCAACGGCAGUUGCACCAUCACCAAGGAUAACCGCCGCCACUGCCAGGCCUGCCGGCUCAAACGCUGCGUGGACAUCGGCAUGAUGAAGGAGUUCAUUCUGACAGAUGAGGAGGUGCAGCGGAAGAAAGAUCUGAUCCAGCGGAGGAAGGAUGAGGAGGCGCAGCGAGAGGCACAGAGGGAGGCGCAGCGACCCCGGCUGAGCGAGGACCAGAGCCAGGUCAUCGCCACACUGGUGGAGGCACACCACAAGACCUAUGACGACUCCUACUCCGACUUCAACCGCUUCAGGCCUCCAGUCCGUGAAGGCCCAGUGACACGCAGUGCAAGCAGAGCUGCUUCUCUCCACUCUCUGUCUGAUGCCUCAUCUGACUCCUUCAGCCACUCUCCAGAGUCUUGGGACUAAGCUGUGAUGAACUUCUAGAACCUGCUGAUGAUGUACAGGACCAGGGUGGCAGCCGGACUCUAACGACGACGACGGCUCACGCUCUCAUGUUGCCCAUUGGCCGACCUGGUCAGCUACAAUCAGAAGGUCAUCGGUUUCGCUAAGAUGAUCCCGAAUUUUCAGGAGCUGACGGCUGAGGACCAGAUCGCCCUGCUCAAGUCAAGCGCCAUCGAGGUGAUCAUGCUGCGCUCAAACCAGUCCUUCAACCUGGAGGAUAUGUCCUGGAGCUGUGGUGGGCCCGACUUCAAGUACUGCGUCAACGACGUCACUAAAGCGGGCCACACUCUGGAGCUGCUGGAGCCCCUGGUUAAAUUCCAGGUGGGCCUUAAGAAACUCAACCUCCACGAGGAGGAACAUGUGCUACUCAUGGCCAUCUGCCUCCUCUCCCCAGACCGUCCUGGCGUGCAGGACCACGGGCGUAUCGAGGCACUGCAGGACCGUCUGUCGGAGACGCUUCAGGCCUACAUCCGGCUGCACCACCCGGGCGGCCGCCUGGUGUACGCUAGGAUGAUCCAGAAGCUGGCGGACUGCGCUAGCCUCAACGAGGAGCACUCCAAGCAGUACCGCUCGCUGUCCUUCCAGCCCGAGCACAGCAUGCAGCUCACCCACUGGUGCGUGGAGGUGUUCGGCAGCAGGUCUCCUAAAUAACACAUUUUUGGUGAUCUUUGACCUUUCAUGGAGGUGGAG